AUGCUGAGCGGCCGGCAGCAGCAGCAGCAGCAGGUGGACGCCGCCCCCGCCGCCCGCGGGCGCUGCCCCUGGCCGGCGCCGCCCGCGACGCGCCGGCAGGCCUCGCUGUGCCGCCGCGAGCCGGCGCUGCCCGCCGUGCUGCUGGAGGCCCGCGGCCGAGCGGUCGACGGCUGCCGCGCCGCCUUCCGAUACGACCGCUGGAACUGCUCCCUCACCAUAGCCGGACAGUCCGUCUUCGCCAAGCAGUUCCGCGAGACGGCGGCGCUGCAGGCGGUGUCUGGGGCGGCGCUGGCGGACGCCGUGUCCCGGGCGUGCGCGCGCGGCCAGCUGAGGCGCUGCGGCUGCCCCGCGACGGUGGUGGAGGAGCAGCUGGAGGAGACGUGCCGCUGCCACGGCGUGUCGGGGUCCUGCGCGGCCAAGACGUGCUGGCGGCGGCUGGCGCCCUUCCAGCGCACCGCGGACGAGCUGCGCCGCCGCUACCUGUCGGCCCGGCUGCUGCUCGUCCCCAACUCGCACCGCGACCUGCGACGCGCCCACAGGACACUCGAGAAGCAGUCCAGCCUCACCUUCCCUCCCAUGACAGCUACACCACAGCUGGUCACACCAGCUCUUAUCACAUUGGGAGCUUGUCCACAAUCUCUGCUGGGCUCCAUACUACCAGGAGGGACUCUACAGUGGCAUUCAACUACCACCUCUGUAAGGGCUAACUCCUUUGAUUAUUUUGCACUGGUGGAGCAGUACCUUUUUGGCAGUGUCAAAGUUGCCAUCAGCCAGAGGUGCUAG